AUGGGUCAUUUCAUUUUGUUGUUUUCCAGGAAGCCCCCAGCCUACGGUCCUAGCCCACUGCUCCCCUGGUUACCAUGACACACACACAGUCAGUCCACUGUCUGUGUGGAGGACUCUGUGUGUAGGUGUAGGAGGCCGUCAUCCAGCACUAGAAAUGGGGAUUUUCCGUGUUUUGGUAAAAUGUCGCUCCAGAACCGGAUGAAGGAGUUUGUUUUUUUGACCAUGAAUGCACUUAAAAUUAAAAAAAAGUUAUGAAUGUUAUAAUAACAUGAUCAAAAACGGUUCUGAAAGUAACAAAUGUUAUAACAUGAUAGUACUUAAAAUGUCUUAGUUUCUUUAUCACUCCCUUUGCGCUCCGCCGUGCGGUCUGUCGUUCACAAUAUCCACACACACACUAAAAUACUGGCUUUCUUUUUUUAAAUGUGCUUUUUUUAUUCCAACUGCUGCUUGCACUUAGAAAUGUUGUGGUGGCUUCAUUAUUGAUUUGUUUUUUUCCUCACCUGUAAGUGCUUAUGGAUAAAAGCCUCUCUGUCUCUUUUAUCUAAAUGUAAAAGUUGUAUGUUUAUGCUCAAGACACAAUUUAUUUUUAUCCAUGUGCAGUUACACAGACCUGAAAUCAUAUGUGAUUAACUCUUUAACUGCACUAUGAUGGACCAUUGUUUCCUGCAGUAGUUGACGUGUGUGUGCUACGUGCAGACCGGUUGGGCGUGGUUACACUCCUACUGGACCUACUCUAUGUCGUUCUUGAGUCACCUUUGACACUGAGGUCAUCACUCGGUUUGAGCCAAUGGGGGAAAAGAAUGCAAAGACAAACAGCCAAGAGAGAUAGCAACGACUGAUGGAUUUGAGUGUUUAUGAGAGGGGUUAGCAGUGGUUAGUGUCCAUCUGACAACAAACUGUGACUCCAUGACAGCUGUCACUGGGAGUCUGAGGCUGGCCAGUAUUGACAGCACGGGGACCAGGGGGUUGUGUAUAUGUUAGAAUCCAUUACCAGGUACCCUGAUGGUGUGGGGGGGUUCUGUCCUCCAAACAGUAAACCCCCCCUCCUACACCCAGAGAGGGAGAGGAGCUGCGUCAGGGUCUCUGGCAACCCAAGAGGGUUGCUGGUUGAACCUCGGCCUGCCCUGUGACCGCUGACUGCUUCUGUUGAGCUGUUGGCUGUUGCUUUGCAGGCAACAGUUUAUGCUUAUACAUACAUUUAUACAUAUCUAUAUAUACUUUUUUUUUUUUAUGUGCAUAAAUGGCCAAUGUUUAUGCACGUGUCAGUAGGGGAAUGUGAAAUGUUCAUAUUCAAACCACUGUGUAGGGAUCAGCAGUAGUAGAACACUACACCAAUGCAAUGGGAACGGCAUCAUGGUACAUAGGUGCAAGGCCCUGGUUUGGUCGGCCUUGUGUGCAAGUAUCCUGACAAAAAUGAUUCAUGCACGGCAGACACACACGGCUGACAGGCACACACAAACAAGUUCACUGACUGCAGACUGGGUUGUAGUUUGGCGGGGGUAUGUUUUGAAAAUCCCACCGAAAUUCAACGUAUUCGGCCACUCAACAGGAAUGAGUACAAUGAGUGGAAUAGUAGGCCAGUUGGGGCUGCAAGACAAUGAGCGAAAGAUGAAGGUCACCCCGGAAAGAUAAGGCAUUUGGUUAUAUGUGUGUGUGUGUGUGUCGGCCUGUUUUAUUUUGACUAUAGGCAUGGUGACAAACCAUCACUGUUUGGGUUUCCUUCACCAUUCUAAAGCGUGUUGAAUGCAUUGAGCGAGUGCAGGCGCUGCAAGAGAUUGUUGACUAUAUUAUGUCUUUUGUGUCUGAGCUGAGCUCCAUCUCCCUUCAGUUUGAGCUGUGUUCCCGAGUCCUCUUGGCUCCGGGACAGCAGUGCAGCCGGCGCAGCUUGGUUACUCCAUGCCAUUGGAAUCUCUCUUCUUCCCAAUGGACCCCCGAAAAACCUGAACCGUGAACCGCCUGCACGAAAGAGAGGAGAGGAGGGAAGACUGUUGGUACUACCCCUGACCUGGCUGCCGGACACGUUUGGGUCCCCGCUCACACAAAGCAACACAUCAGCAGCGUACAGUGCCUCCCGAAGAAGCGGUAUAAACAUCCCCAAGUCAUGGUUCACUGGAAUGCGUACCGCCUGGACCCAAGGCUUUAGCAAAGUAAGCUGUUUGAACACUCUGUUUUCUCUCCUACAUCUCUCACUCUCUCUCUGUCUCUCUCCUCCAUCUCUCACUCUCUCAGUCUGUCUCUCUCCUCCAUCGCACACUCUCUUGGUCUUCUCUUUUAUCUCCCUCCAGUAGUGCUCCGUUGCUAUGACACCGGCAGGCUGAGUCAGUAGCCAGAUUAGAGCCGGCUGGUUUUGAGACAGUAAGCGUUUUCUCCCCUCUCACGGUAACCUGAAUAAACAGCGGUCAUGUGGACGGGGGGUGCGGCCAAUAGGUUAGUUUCAUGUCAGACGCUUAUUUGUACGCAGUUGGUUCUUCGUUGUUUUUUCCCCACGUUCUGAGGUUUAGUCCGCGGAGGAACUGCUCGUCAUUGGUGCGCAGAGGACACCCACACGACACCCACACACUCGCACGCACACACACCUGAAGGUCGGGAUAGAUGAAGGGCUGCUGCUCCUUCUCACUUUCAGUACUGCUGCUGCUCACUCUGGCGCGCGCAUCGUCGCCGAACGCUCGCGCUAAGCUUAUUCCUAGGGAUGUGAACACUUUUGCACGUUGGCACGGAUUAGGACGCUAUUGGGUGAACGUAUUGAAUCCUCCGCCGCCCCGCGACAAUGCCCCACGCGGCUCUGUCGCAUAUUCCCGGCUCUUCCUAUUGUUCACGUUGACGCACGGGCACCGCUGACCUGCUGCCUCGCGCCGAAGUCUGCCUCACGAAAGCCCCGGGUCCGCGCUUCGCCCCGCGCUCCUUCUCUUCAUUUCACCUCGGUGUGGACAUGACUUCCUGGCUCCGUACAUACAGUGACCUCCCCUGGUAUGCCCUGUUCCUCUGCCUGUCCGUGGAGGCUGCCGUCAUUGAAGCAUCCAGUUCAGGUGACGGUGUUCUGUGUAGAUCCUCCUCCAUAACCUCUUGUACAGAGUGCCUUCGGCGUGGGCCGCAGUGUGCUUGGUGCUUCCAGGAGGCGUUCCUUGAGGGGACCGGUGCGUCCCAGCGUUGCGACCUGCCGGUGAGCCUGCUGAGGAAGGGCUGCAGCCUGGAGGCCAUGGAGCACCCGGAGGUCAAGGUGGAGGUCAACGCCACUCUCAGCGGGACCCAGGUGUCCCCCUCGGACAUCCAAGUCACCCUCAGGCCAGGCUCCGAGGCCAGCUUCAUUGUGGCGGUGAGCCAGCUGCAGCGCUAUCCUGUAGACCUGUACUACCUGGUAGAUGUGUCCGCCUCCAUGAAGGAGAACCUGGACCAGUUGAAAACAGUGGGCGUGGCUCUUUCUCACAGGAUGAGGGAGCACUCGUCUGACUUGCACCUGGGCUUCGGCUCCUUCGUGGACAAGCCCGUCUCCCCGUACAUCAACGUCCACCCAUCCAAGAUCAACAACCCAUGCAGCGAUUACGAAGUGCGCUGCCGCCCUGCCCAUGGCUACCACCACAUCCUUAGCGUGACGCACAACAUCACAGAGUUCAGCCGCGUCAUCGAGCGCCAGCUCAUCUCGGGCAACAUGGACACACCUGAGGGAGGGCUGGAUGCCAUGCUGCAGGCGGCCGUCUGCCAGAGGGAGCUGGGCUGGCGUAUGGGGUCCAAACGUCUGCUGCUGCUGAUGACUGACCAGCCAUCCCACCUGGCCCUGGACAGCCGGCUGGCCGGCAUCGUCCGUCCCAACGACGGUCUCUGCCACCUGGAGAACAACGUCUACACAGAGAGCACCACUAUGGACCACCCAAGUCUGAACCAGUUGUCGGACAAGCUGUUGGAGAACCACAUCUACUCCAUAUUCGCGGUGGAAAAGCAACAGUACCAGUGGUAUAAGGCACUGGUGAGCCUGCUGCCAGGAUCGUAUUUGGGGAGGCUGGGCCACUUCCAGGCCCCCAACCUCAUAGAGCUGGUGGUGGACGCCUACAAGAGGUUGUUAUCGGAGGUGGGGCUGGAGGUGCUGGUAGAAGAGGGUGCUGGCAGCAGGUACUGGCUGUCCGUCUCCCCUCUCUGUCCGGAGGGAUCCACAGCUAAUGCCCACAGCUGCUCUGGGGUGUUACCCAACCAGACGGUCUAUUUUAACAUCACCAUCGGCAUGCGCUCGUGUCCUGAUGAGGAUGAAGGUACAGACGUCAAGGUGACGGUCCGCCCGGUGGGCUACAACGAGUCCACGGUGGUCCGGGUUCAAGCUCACUGCCGCUGCCGCUGCGGAUUGCCGGGGCGGUGCCGCAACCCAGACCAAUCGCAAUGCAGGGCCGACUCCACACCGACCAAUGGAGAGGCUCCGAGGAAGCCGGUGCAGGCGUACAGCAGGGACUCUGAGCAGAAUCCCGGAGAGCGGAAGACCCCCUGCAGGGCGGAGGGGGCGGAGCUGGAGUGUGGGGGGCGGGGAGCGUGUGAGUGUGGCAGUUGUGUGUGCGAGCAGAGCAAGCUGGGGGCGGUCUACGGAGCUCACUGUGAGAUGGAUGAUUUCUCCUGCCCCUACAAAGACGGCCUGCUGUGUGGAGGGCGGGGUAUGUGUGUGUCUGCCGAGUGUGUCUGUGAUUUGGGAUGGACAGGUGAAAGUUGCGGAUGUCCCGUCACCCCGGAGACCUGCCAGACGUCCGACGGCGCCGUGUGCAGCGGGCGUGGCCGGUGCCAGUGCGGAAGGUGUGUGUGCGACGCACCCCAAAACUCCGGAACCUUCUGCGAGAAAUGCCCCAUUUGCCACGGCACCUGUCAAUCAUACUGGAAGUGUGUGGACUGCCACCUGGCUCAUGGCCUGCUACACGGAGAGGCGGGACACUGCAAUCAAACUUGUGCUCCAUUGGUGGGCUAUGUUGAUUAUAUUUCAGGGGACCUGUGGAGUCAGUGUGUUUACAUCCGUCCCAGUGACAGCUGUCACUUUAGGUUCCACGCCACCUCAAGGGCGGGCCUAACACAGCUCUACAUAAGCACACGCCCAGAGUGUGCCGGCAGCUCCGGCCAUGUAAGGACCUUCGUGUGGGUGUGUGCGCUCACUGUGUUUUGCGGGCUGGUCGUGGUCACCCUGUCCAUGCUGCUGCUGCAGAGACAAGGCCGGCCACCAGGGGGCCCCACCGUGGACCUCAACUACCACCCCACCAGCAAGGACCUGUCAUUCAUCCCUACCACAAAUGAGAAGACAGUGACCUACAGGAGGGAUCACCCACCCGACCGCACCGGGGAGAUGAGCAUUCAAGUUCACAAGAUAACCUUCCGAGACCCCUGGCAGUGCUAGGCAGUGGUCAGGGUCCAAGGUCAGGAGGACGUGAACUAGCAAUACAGACCUACAGAGGGCGUUGCAGAGAUGUAGCUCAGUGUUUGACAUUCUAAUGUUUUCUGUACCAACUCUGAGUCCCAAACUGCUCGAACUGAUUUUUACAACUUUAUUUUUUGCUUUGACACAUCUACCCAACAAAAAAAACGUAUAGACUGUGUAACAAUGGCCAGUAUUUUGAAGGAGGGAGUUAAGGAGGGAAAACACACUGAUCCUCUGCUAUCCUCUUCCCCAUCUGUUGCUACAGGGAGUGUCAACAGGGUAGGAAUUUCUCCCUCCUUUUGUGUUACCAGUGAUCCGUUAGCUUAUUGUCUCACAUCCAAACGUGUGUGUGCGCACGUUUGUCUUGUAGGACACUCCAAACAUUGCCUCGGAUCCCACAUAAACAUUAUCCGGUGUUAGCGCGCCCCCUUUUGGCCCAGCUACUGUAAUGGCAUCGUAUUUCCAACCACACUGAACACCUUACAUACCUCAGCUCCAUUGGCUUGCUACUGGAACUGCAUGAAACACUAGAAUUAUGUUUCAAAUUACUUUUUUUACUUAUUUAGUAAACAGCAUGUUUUUCUUUAUUUUAUUUAAACCUUGAUGACGUGAAUCACAUUUUAUUUAAUUAGGCGUAUUGCCUCCAAAUGCAUUUAAUGUGUUCUCGAUUUAUUUUGGUCAAGAAGACACUUUGUGAUAUUUUGUCCAUUUACCAUUCAACUUGAUAUUGCUUAUUUUAUUUGUCUCCUAAUCGUUGUUUGUGUGUUAACAUGUUAGCGAAAGACUCUGUUUUUUUCAAUUGCCAAUAAUCAUGAUAGACUUGCACUAGAAUAACUGUUUUGUACUACUGAACGGACUCACUGAAUGAGACACAAGAGGCAUUAUCUUAUAUUUCCACAGAAGGCGCUUGGGUAAAAGGAGGCCUGAUCCACUGUGAACAGGUCUAACAGACUAUGGAAUCAGAAUUGUAAAUAAUCUCUACAUGGUCAAAUUUACAUUAUAAGCCAAAGUGAAACCGAUCAAUUAUUUUGUUUUUAUUUUAACAACAUGUAAACCUUGGCACCUGAUCAUCUGAAACCAGAAUCGGACCACUUUAAUUUUGUGGUUUUGAGGAAUCGAGAUCUGAGCCUGUGAAGGCAAUGUGAACAGUAUAGGGUGAUAGAUCGGAACUGGGCGAAAACAUUGGAUUUAAGCAUUGAGGCCGUUCAUUAUAACCUGGCCGAUGUGAAUUUCUAAGACAAGAUGAACGGUUUGUAGACAGCGAGAAACGAAAUACAGUAACCAUAUAAUUACUGGAAACAUAUAAUUAGGCCAAUUAGCAUGAGCUGAGUCAAACAGAGGCGGAAAUCUGUUCACCUCUGCAUUCUGAUUUGACAUUUCUUUGUUUAGAUUACAAUCUUUAUAUUUUAUAGACCAACUUCUAGACAGAAAUACAAUUAAUUAUCUCAGGGUUUCGUUUGCUGAAGGUAACGAAAGGCGGAAAAGAAUAAUAAUAAUAAUAAUAAUGAUAAUACGAAAAAAUUAAAUAAUACUAAAGAUAAUAAUCACAGGCCCAUUGAGAUGUUUACAGACAUAGCUGCUUCUCUUUGUUUAGUUUUGAACACUAAUGAAUAUUUAUUGAAAUGUUUUCUCUCUUAGUUUACGUUUAUUUUUGCACUGUGUAUUGUAUUUUCAUCAUAGCCUUAGGCUUGCUAUACAGUACAGACAUUUAGCAGUGGAUGUGCUUUCUGCCAAAUGAAUUUCUCAUGACCGGGCAUUGGACUUUAGAGUGACAGCAGCACUUUCCUUGUAAUUUUGUUGUACAUGUAGUUACUAGUUGUGUAGCAUGCAAGUUUUACAUAAAUUAAAAAAUAUUUUCUAAAUCUGU